GGAUGACGAUAGCAUGAUGAAGACAUUGAUGUGGACUUCUGGCCGGAGCAUGGACCAGUACAUAUGUUUCGGCGACAUUCUAACAUUUGAUACGACCUAUAGAACUAACCUGUACGACAUGCCCUUUGGUCUUUUUGUUGGUGUGAACAAUCACUUCCAGAGCAUAAUAAUGGGUGGAAUGCUUAUGCGGGAUGAGAAGGUAGAGAGUUUCAAAUGGGUGUUUGCCGAGUUCAUGCGGUUGAUUGGCGGGAAAGACAGGCAUCCGAAGACGAUCCUCACAGACCAGGUCAGAUCGAUGGAGCUGGCUAUCGCAGAAAUUUUGCCAAACACUAAGCACAGGUGGUGCAAGUGGCAUGUGUUGAAGAAAGCGAAGGAGUCACUUGGGGCGUUGUAUGGUAAACGAAGCGAGUUCCGUUCCGACUUCCACAGAGUUGUUGACAUGAUGUGCAGUGAGGAGGAGUUCGAGACCAGCUGGGCAGAGAUGGUUGCGAAGCAUGGCCUGCAGAAACAGCCGUAUCUGACGCAAAUAUACGAAGGUCGCGCGAAAUGGGCGAAGCCAUAUUUCCGUGAUGUCUUCUGUGCGAAGAUGUCAAGCACACAGUGAAGUGAGAGUGCAAACCAUGUAUUGAAGACCUAUGUUCCACCAGGUUGCCCGAUGCAUUUGUUUGUGAAGCAGUAUGAGAAAUUGCAGUUCGACCGUGCAUCAGAGGAAAGCUACCAAGAGAAGAGGACUUCGUUGAGCGGGGUCGUGCUUAGGGCGAAUCUACCGAUUGAGAGGCACGCAAGUAAAGUUUACACACGCGCCAUGUUCGAUCAGUUUGGGUUGGCCCUUUUUGAUUCGGGUAACUACAUGCUGGAGGAAUUGGAGCAAAGGAGACUGUACGUCGUUAGGCACAUGCAUCAUGAAGUUCGCGACCGUUGGUGCAAAAGUGUGUAUUCAGUUCAAGUUGACCUGCGUAAUGAACGAUUGAACUGCGAGUGUUGCUUCUCCCAGCACGCCGGUAUGCCAUGCUGUCAUCAGCUCAAGGUAUGUGCCUUUCCCCGCGUGAGAUUACAGUUCAGAUUCCGGUAUGUUAGCCAUAUAAGACUGUUUUGGUUAGAUUAUCGAAGUCGUACCUUGAUAUCUAUCCGGAUUUGGCGGGAGG